AUGGAUAGCAGGUACUUGAUCUUGUAUCUAAAACUAUUCGUUUUACCAAUGAUCGUAGCGGAGUUUCGGCAGGCUAGUUUUAUAGUGAGACAGGAUUGUGUGAACACUGGUUUCCUGGCUGGAGAUGUUUCUGUUUCAUUGACGGGUCUGGAUCUGAUGGAAUGUGUAUUGACUUGUAUGGAUGAUCCUAACUGUCUCAGCCUGGCUGAAGUAGCAACAAAUCAGAUCUGUAGUCACAGCAACAUCACACUAUCUUCCAACUGUGAUCCCAGUCAGUCAAUACCGGGCUCCAAGAUUUUAGAGAAGAUCAGCAAUACCUUGACUUGUUUGAACGGUGGAACUUUGCAAAAUGACAGCUGUCACUGUCAGGGAGGAUACGUUGGACCGACGUGCGAACGUCUGGCGACAGAUUGCGCAGAAAUGGGUCAGUAUUCUUACUACACCGGACAAGAGGGUUAUUUCCAGAUACAACCUGUUCUGUCUCCGAACCCAAUCACUGUCCUCUGUAGUCUGUUGGCUAAUUACCCCAAGCCACGGCUCUACAUACAGCGUCACGUCCUUAAGUCCGCCGUCUUCAGCAAGACCUGGACAGAAUAUGCAGAAGGUUUUUCUUUCGAUGACUCCAACUUAUGGUUAGGCAAUAUUUAUCAGAGCUACAUAACGAGAUCCUAUCCGGACUACAACCUCAUCAUCGAGCUGGCAGGUGCUGGCUGGAAUACGAUCAAACAGAGGGCUUACCACGGGUUUAGGGUAGAGGAUGAAACCGACUAUUUUGUUAUGACAUUUCAGUCUUCCAGUCCUCACCUAUAUCCUGAUGCUGGGGACUCGCUUGUUUAUGUCAAUGGUUCAAAUUUCACAACCAUGGAUCGUGACCUUGAUCAAAUUUCAAGUCUCCAUUGUGGUGUUGUACGGAAUUGCGGCUUCUGGUUCACAGCUGGAAGUAAAUGUGGACAAAGCAGCCCAAACGGACUGCUCAUUCAAAAUGCAAUCGAGGAGAGACUAUUUACCGAGGAUGAGGUCUUCUGGACCUAUGAUAUGGGAGUUUGGUCGCCGUGGUACGUUCAGAUGUACUUAGAAAGGACGAUUCUGAGUUAA